AUGACCAGGACUACUCGACGAAACCAGCAAGCGGCCGAGACUCGAGCUUCAAACCUUGCCCGAGAAAAGCAACAGGAAGAGGCCCUUCAGCGGGAGGUUGAGGCGUCAGGUGGCCGUGCCUCCAAGAAGAGGGCUGGUGACCGUUGGCUUGGUGCAGUAACUGGAAAAAGGCGAAAAACAGUUUCGGCGGAAGAAUCUAGUAACGUUGCAGAGACCCCUCGUCUUAGCUCGAGAGGCAACAUCAGACGUAUGGUUGUUCAAGAUAGUGACGACGAAUGCACCGACACAUCUGGCAAGUCACCUGUCCCGCAUGACGAAAGUCUCGCAGGAGGUUCAGGCGAAGAGGAGGGUGUAGUGGGCUCUGAUAACGAUGAUUUGGGGCUUAUUACACCCAUGGACAGGAACGCGAGACUGGCCGCAGAGGCAAGUACCUUACCCUUUUCUCUGUCUUCACCACAUCCAUUCUUGAAUUUCGAAGACGAUGACAGCGCUGAAGAAACUCUACCACCAGCAAGACACGAGCACGAGCACGAGUACCCACACCAGUACGAGUUCGAGAUGGAACACGACGAUGAGCUCGGCGAACACGAGCCCCAAUCUGAGUGUGAGCGCUACGUCAAGACCGCUCCUCUCAGGGACCACCGUCGUUCAGCUUCAACUCAUUCAAGCUCUAGUCGGUUAUCAGGUCACACUGUUCACGAACGUUCUGCGGUGGAUGGUCACUCCACACGACAUGCCCGAGAUCAGGAAGUUCGACGUGAACGUAACUUGAACAACGUUCUGCGAGGCAAUGCGCACUUGUCCAAGCAUUCUAGGAACCAUUCGGCCACAUCUCAACCCCUCCGUCAGUUUGAAAAUCUUACAUCUAGCAACAAACGAACACCUAAGUCCACCCGCCAAGAAAAGUUUGAGAAUGAGGCUCCGGUCAUCAAGAACAUGCAUGGCCCCUCGAAACCCACCAAGAAAACUAACACGGCAACCACCACCACCAAGUCUAAGCUAACGGCAAACAUUCCACAAGGAAAGGAAUGGCCAGACUGCGCGACGUUGACUCUCCAUCCAAAUGGCCGUAGUCUCCGACUAUCCGACCAACCAUAUGAGGUUCGGACUCUUGUCCAACACGCAAUCAAGUCGGCCACGAUCGAAUUGGUCUACUGCGAUGCCUAUCCUGACCCUGUAGAUGUCAUCAGAAAAACACGGAAGAUUCUCCUUACUUCCGUCCGAGCCCUUAACCAUACUCAUCCAAUGCAGGGCUUUCAACUCAUCAAGGAACGUAUCAAGUCUCCCGACCACGGGUUCACUGAUACAUUGGGAAAAGUUGUGACUGACCGAUUUUCUGUUAUCUGUGGCGAAGCAAAAGAUGUGGCCGAGCGCUGCAUUGUGGGAUAUGAUAUCACUGGAAUCAAACAAAUUUGCAGAGUGCGCGUGGAUGUUCUCCUAACUGGAGACAAUUACAGCUAUCCAGGAACAUGGGCGGAUGGCUCUGAUGGCACAGUCACUCGAACUGUGGAUAACCGCAAGCCAUAUGCCAGUCAGCCCAUCAUCGCAUGCAUAUGGGGAUUAUAUAAACGGUUUGAUCCUCAUCAACUUGAACAACGUCCCGACAUCUUUGCUUCCUCAAUCAUGGAUCACCCUCAAGAGCUUGAGUUACCUCCUGGGCUCGUCGCUCUCGCUGCUACUGCUGUCUUCGCAGUUCUUCGUGAUUGGAAAUCGGGAGAAUUCUGUCGCCAAAACUUUGAGGGGAAUACAUUCAAUCGCACAUACAAGAGCAACAUCGAAUGGAUGGCCGCUUCCGAGAAGCACAACCCCACCAAAUAUCACAUUCUGAUGCAUGGUUUAUAUCAGCUUGUCAUGAAUCCAGAUGCUGAAGAGGAGAUUGAGAUGGUGAACACAAUGCCAGCCAACGCCAUUGAUAGUAUUGAAUUUUGA